AUGGUGGUUCAUUGCUAUGCCAAUGGUUUGAUAACAGUGGAUGUUCAACAUUUUAAGUUAGAGAAAAGUCCAGACACCCUCCAUGAUGAAAUAACGACCGCUAAGAACUUGGAGACGAGGAUCCGUGAGUCGCUUGGAGACCUUUGCAAGUACAGCAGAUGUUUGCCUGGAGAAAUAACACGAGGGGAGCUAACUCCAUAUUUUUCAUCCGGAAGUGACACCCUUUUUGAAUACGAAAACUUGAAGCUCAUGUUCGAGAAAGAUUCCAAAUUUCAGAACAUCAAAAUCUACCACAAUCCUGAAGUUGGAAAUUUCAUGUGUUUGGAUGAUGAUAUAAUGAUCGGCGAAAGUGACCUUAUUUACACGCAGACGUUACUGGGCAUCGAGCGCAACGAUUUCCGGGAUAAAACGGUUUUGAUUCUAGGGGGAGGAGACGGGGGAAUUAUGUAUGAAUUGCUGAAAGAGAACCCCAAACACGUGCUAAUGGUGGAGAUUGAUCGAGAUGUUGUGCUGGCCUGUAGAACUCAUAUGCGCAAGAUUUGUGAAUCAGCAAUGGAUUCCUUUGAAGGCCCUAACUUCAAGAUUCAAUUCGAAGACUGUUUGAAAGUUCUUCAAGAAUGUCAACAAGACGGCCGGAAGUUUGAUUACGUCAUCAACGACCUCAGCGAAUAUAUAAUCAACGCAGAAAAUACGAAAUUUGCCUAUGAUUUUAAAACAUCGUGCAUCAUUUUAGAGCUGUCCUUAAAGGUCCUCAAUCCACACGGAAAAUACCUGUCUCGGGGCAAUACUGUAAGUGCCACAGAAUUCCUGCGGAAGUAUGAGGACGACAUUAAACAUCUAGGCAUGCAGUUUCAAAAGUCUGAGGUGUAUGUACCGUCAUUCAAAGAGAACUAUUGUUUCUACGAGGUUUGGAGAGUACAAGAAUCGAGAAAAGAAUAGAAGUUUGUGUAAUGAAUGAAAAGGGAAUUCAUGACAAUAA